UCUCACCACAGCGCCUCCAAAGUCACUUGAACCAUUUUCCCAUCAGACACCUGACCCCUCCUGAAUGAGCCUGACCAGAUUCAUCUCUGCGCUCCCGCCUCAGGAUCUCUGCCUCCCUCGCUCUCCAUCUCUCCUCAAGUUCGACAGUUGAUUCUGGCUCAGUCAGGAGGAGAUUUCUUUCUUUUUCUGUUCUUCUUCUUUUUUUCUUUUUUUUACGCAGCCGAGAAGAUUGAGGACAGUUUGACAUGCGGGCAGACUCUCCACAAAGAGAAAUGAAGACCACAUGUCUGUGGGUUGCUGCUGGGCUGCUGUCAGUCAUCUCUCUGGUUAGCGGCGCUGUUUCACCGAGUUCAGGAAGCUCUGUAAGAGAGAGCUCAAAAUCCAAAGUGAAGACCUACUGGACCGAAAGAAGCAAGGCCUUCUCCAUCAGUCGUCUGCUCUCACAGAAUCUCUACGACAAAGAGAACUUCACCUCUCUGGAUCUGAACUAUGAAGAGUCAGACUCCUUCUCCAAACAGGAGCAGUGGAACUGGCUUUACAACGCUUCAAACCCCCGUGACCCUCGAUCCAGGACUAAACGGAGGCCCAUCGUCAAGACCGGCAAGUUCAAGAAGAUGUUUGGUUGGGGCGACUUUCAUUCCAACAUCAAGACGGUGAAGCUCAACCUUCUCAUCACUGGUAAAAUCGUGGAUCAUGGUAACGGGACAUUCAGCGUCUACUUCCGCCACAACUCCACUGGUCAGGGCAACGUGUCCGUGGGACUUGUUCCUCCGACCAAAGCUGUGGAGUUCCAGGUCCAGCAGCAGUACCCACACCACCAUCACCAGCCGCAGCAGCAGACGGCCCUGGAGACCAAGGACACUAAGCUGUUCAACUGCAGGGUGGAGUACGAGAAGGUGGAGAAAGGCACCAGGAACUCACUGUGUGCCCAUGACCCCUCGCAGAGCUGCCCGCAGGAGCAGACCCAGAGCCACGUGUCCUGGCUGUGCUCCAAGCCCUUCAAGGUCAUCUGCAUCUUCAUCACCUUCUACAGCACCGACUACAAGCUGGUGCAGAAGGUGUGUCCAGACUACAACUACCACAGUGACACCCCCUACCUCCCCACCGGGUGAUCACGUGACCAUUUGAGGAAAAAGAAAAAGGAGAAAAAAAGACCUAAAGACAGGCUCUCGGGUCCUGACCGAUGUCAGAUUAUUUGAAUGAAAAUGGAGUCCAGACACUACAAACUUGAAAUGUUGACAGGCAUUAUUACAGCUAACACAUCCUUGUCGCAAGACUGAUAUUGCUCCAAUGAACAGACCUGCCCUCAGGUCGUUAUGAGAGCGUUUACGGAAGCAUUUAUAGGCUUGCACCACUCACACUAUAUGCAUAGCUGCUUACAUCAAAAGAAAAUUCUCAAGCCGACCGUGAAAAUGCUGAUUGUAUUUAUGUAAAUAUUGUGGAGUUCACACAAAGACAAGAAAACAAUUUUAUUGAUGUUUUCACCUGCUGUUUUCAUUGUUUAUGUCGAUAGUGUAUUUCCGUCUCAAUCAUGCUUCCUGUCUUUCCCAGUCAGUCUCUGGUAAUCAUGGCAAACACGUAAAUGUCAAUGCAAACAAGCAGAAUCUGUCAGUACGCAUUAGAGGGCAUAAUGGAAAAAGCAAACAUUUUUCGAGUGUCGUUUUUUUCUGCAGUGUGAUUGUUAGAAUGACCUUCUCUGAUAUUGUUGUUGGAAUCUCGUCCAUGUCCGUGCAUGAACCGAAUGUUGUUAACAACUGAAUAACGUUGAUCUUUAUUUUCAUGUUAUCGCAGCUGUCAGACAGAAUCUUCAUCAAGCCUCCAUUGUUACAGGAGAAAAAGACAAAAAAAGGUACUGCGGUGCACAGUAAACAAAACCAGAGGAGGACUCCCGUCAUAUCAAACACGAGCAAGUAAAUGACGCAAUAAAUAAAAAAAAGUUGCAGGGGACAAACAGGAUGACAGAAAAACAGAGGAUCAUUUUUCUGCACUGCAUUAAAAAAAGAUCAAACAUUACUGAGCUCUGAUUCUGCUGUUUUCCCAGUCCUGCUUUUACAUUUUAGACAUUUCAACACUGCUCUUUUUUUUGCACAUUUUCUACAAGUCCAAUAUGUUUAAUUUCAACUACUGUAAAAGUAAUUGUAAACACUCAACAAAUAAUUUAUAUAGAAUAGUGCGAGAUAUUGUGGGGAGAAAAAACAAGGUCAACAUUUACAUAUCUGAAGACAUGAAAGGGGAAAACAUAGACGUCAUAGAUAUGCUGAUUCACUAUGAUUUUCACUGAACAAAAGAUUGAAAAAGAACAAACAAUGUGCUAAAAUGUGAGGAGUGUUAAAAUGUGGUUUCUUGCUCCAGAGGACUCGGGCUAUACAUCGAACAGCAGGUGCUAAUCACACAUUCCACCUACCAAACGUUUGCACUUCUGGUUAUCAAAGGAAAGAAAUUUCUGGAUGAGACUAACGCUGACUUUUAAUGAUAUUGGAUGUUCCAAUUGGCUAUUAAACCUUCAUUACAUAAAUUGGGAGCCAGUGGCUCCAUGUGAAGCAUUUAGUGGAAAUGAACACUGUAAGUGGGAGCUCUGCAGCGUCAACACCAUCGAAAGAAUGAAUUAAACUGCCGAUAGAAAACCUGUAAAAAGUACAAAUGUGCACCUCAGGGCACAAUCACUGCUGUCUAUUUAAAUUCAGUGCUCUUUCAUAGUGUACGCUAAGGUAUACGCAACACAGUAACCGUUAAUGGCAGCCUGGACGACAUCCAAUGUGUCAACACGGGGCGUAUUUUCUGACAAGGUGGGCCAGAGAAUAGGGGUCUGCCUGUGGGAUGAGUGAGCGUAAAGAGGGAUUUAUGACGUGGAGGAACAAGGCUGGCAGAAAUUACUGGAAGCACCUGACUCGUAAAUUGAGAGCAUGUUACUGUCACAGAGAAGAAGGAAUGACUAAUGUCUCAGAUCGCUGUUUGGGCCAGUUCUUUCAUCUCAAUAAAGUGACUUUGAAAUCUCUCCUACCCCUACCCAAAUGUGCCAGGGACAGUUUGUUCAGCUUCAAAGAAUUAAAGCAGCACUUUGCCUAGACAAUGCAGCCUCAUUAUGCACAUAAUCUUACAAGUGUAAACAGUCUGGCACUAUAAAGUGUUUGGUGUGAAAGCUGCUGAGGGCUGGAUAUGUUCCCUGAUUGUUGUCGUCUGAGGGUAAAUGCAUUGCAUUAUGUCUCGUACUGUUUAAGGCAGAAUAAUAAUAAUACUGUACAUAACGCAGACGUGUCCUCACAGUGUGUAACAUUUAGAAGAACCCUAAUAACAGAAAUGUUAUAUAUAGUCCAUAACUGUGUGUUCAUAUAUGUACAAUCAACCUGCAACAAAGAACCAAUGUUUUCUGCAAACUUUGAAUGACUCAACUAUAGUUACAUAGGUGGACCUGACUUCCGUGGAUGCCACCAUGUUUGCUCAUGUUGUCAUCUUGAAUACAGUUGCCCAAAACGGACCAGACACGCGUUGAAUUUUUCAGCGUGAACAAGUUUGAGAAGCCAGAGUUCGUGAAAUGGAGGA